UCUUUAAAUUCGCUGCCAUCAGUCUGAUGUUUUUCAAGUAGAAAAGAUCAACCCAAACGAUGGGUAGACCCCCAGUUUUACGAUAGCGUGUUAUCGUAAUAGAUAGAUUGUUAUGGUAAUGUGCUAUUGUUUAUUUAAUUGAGGGGAAAGGCGCCAAUUGCAUGAAUUGGUCGUGUGUGUAUUUAGCUAUCCGUUUCGGUUCCUCUUUUUGUGCCGCAGUCUCAGCGAAACCAACGUUAGCUGGCUAGCCUAGUGAUUGCUGGUCUUAGCCAUUUUUUCUAACGUUAUCCCUAUUCGCAGGUUUGAAGGUUGACCUUAAUUUCGCAUCUGAUCCUUGUUAAUGUUAAGGGACGUGUUUUCUUUACCAUGCCCUGUGUCGGGAUGAAUUAGCGCUGUGUUGCUCUAAGAUCCACUGAUGGUAAUGACGUUAGCUGUUUGGUUAGCGAGCUUAUCGUAGUUAAAGUUAGCUGUUCCUUCAGCUUUUGCUAGCUUGCUAAUCAGCACCGGAGCGUGAAUUUUGCUGUCAGUAGCCUUGAAUUGGUGCCAGGCAGUGGGCAGGAGAGAAGGGUUGGGGGGUAAAGAGCAUUGAAGCGCACACAGGCUCUUUGUGCCAAGGGUUUGCCCCCCUUCACCACCGACGCAUCACCACAUCCUGUCUGCUUUCCACCUCUGCUCACAGCCAUGACAACUCAAAGAGACCCCGACACGGUGAACCUCCGGCUCAUCCUGGUCAGUGGUAAAACACAGGACUUCACCUUCUCCCCCAACGACUCUGCCACAGACAUCGCCCGCCAUGUCUUUGAGAACUGGCCUGCAGGUUGGGAGGAGGAGCAGGUGAGCAGCCCCAACAUCCUGCGCCUCAUCUUCCAGGGUCGCUUCCUGCAUGGGAACGUCACGCUUGGAGCUCUCAAGUUGCCCCCUGGCAGAACAACUGUCAUGCACUUGGUUGCCAGAGAGACCCUGCCGGAGCCCAACUCCCAUGGCCAGAGGAACCGGGAGAAGACCACAGAGAGCAGCUGCUGUCUAUUGUUGUGAAAAAACAGAAGAAAAUUAAAGAAAUUAUCCAAAAAGGACCCAGCUGUAACCACAUCCAUACUCCCUUCCCUGUCCAUUUCAGCCUUCACCCCACGUAGGUCUGUCAGUCUGUUCACCAUAGUGUGUUUUUGAGGUGAUUUUUGUCUGAGAACUUUCAGUGGAAUGGACUGGAUCCUGCAUAUUUCUUACACACUUUUUUUUUUUUUGUUCUUUUUGUGCCAAGUAUUAAUAUCAGAUAUUUUGUGGCGUUGCCAAAAUUUGCAUUGGGAUUUUACUCUGAACUGUGUGGAGGAAGAGGAAAAAAAAAUGCACAGAAUGCUGCCAACAGAAGCCCCAACCAUGACGAGGUGAUGGGGGAGAGGAGGAGAUGACCAAGCAGGAGCUGCUCUGCGCCGACAGGAAGUCUGCCAUGCAAACGUUCCCUGCUCAGGACAAGAGUGCGCCUCCCCCAUAUGGAGGAAUUUCUUUCUUUCUUUCUCUGUUGUGAUGGCCCACACACAUAGGGACUACAAAUCAUGCUUCUAACGGUCGUAAAGAAGCAUGUGUUUGUUUGUGUGUGUGUGUGUGUGUGUGUGGGGUCUGUAGUGGGAGACCUUGGACUGCACUUAUCUUGGAACUUCAUCUGAACUUAUUGUGUGUGUGUUUCAUGGUCUUAAUCUCACAACAUAACCCUUUCCCCCCCUCACACCAGUAUGUCGUUCUAGACUUGCCUGUUAGAGAGUGCCAUGUGUCACAGCACCCCCUCCAAAUAGGACUCUGCCUUUAGGUGUAACUUAAAACCUUCUGAAGGACACUUGUUUGCAGUGAAGAUUAUUGAAUGCCUGAUCUGUGAGGGGUGGUUUCCUUGGAUCUGGACCAAGUGCAGAAGGAAAAGGUUCUGAGGGUCUUGUUUAAAAAAAAAAAAAAAAAGAUUAGUAAAUGAAUUAAGUGAAUCAAGAGGUGGUGUUGGUGUAUACGACAGUGUCGACACCGAUGCAUGGCCUGGUCGUAUAAGUGUUUUAUCACUUUGGUGUGUGUGUGUGUGUGUGUGCGCGGGUGUGGUUGUAUGCAAUUUCUGGCCUUGAACCCCAGGAUAUCCUUUCGUGAAGUGCAGUGAAGAUGUGUGAUUGCAUGAAUCAACUGCCGGGAUGGCCAUGGUGCAAAACAAACGACAACAAAAAAAAAAGAGACAAAAAAAAAGGAAAAGGCCUCAUCCACCCUCAGACUUGGUUUUUGUCUGAUGCUUGCCUACGACUCGUGCGCCCAGACGAGACGUCUGUCUGCUAGCAGAGGCCCCUUGGGGCGGUGGCAGCCUUAUGAGGAGUCAGAGAGUCAGACAGGCACGGGGGCAUCAUUAGGAGACAGCCUGAGGGGACGUGGGGGGUGGGGUGGCUUGGGGGGCAGUGAUGAUCAGGCUUUGUGUACCCACUGUAUUUUUCUUUCCCCUUUUUUGUUGAAAAGGGUUAGCCCCACUUAACAUCCUCUCAACCCCAAUGUGCCAAGGGGAUACGGGAGCUCUGGAUGGUUGGAUUUCACUUUAUAUUAUUAUUAUUAUUAUUAUUAUUAUUAUUAUUAUUAUUAUCCUUUUUUGUGAUUGUUGAAAUAAAUAUUAAUGAUUGAAGGUCUUUAAAAAAAGGAAAUCUUUUAAUACAUAUUGGUAUUGCAUUGUAUGGCUACACUUUCAAAAAAAUGGCUUAUUGAUGUUGAUUUGAAUGAGAUCAUGGUCCCAAGGGAUAUAUGUAUGUGUGUGCGUGUGCGUGUGCGCGUGUGCGUGUGUGUGUGUUUGUGUGUGUGUGCGUGUGCGUGCGUGUGCGUGUGUCUGAAUGUUUUGGUAGGAAUGGUGCAGAUGAAGCAGGAGAGCGAAUCAGUCAUGGGUGACUGUGGUUUCCUUGGAAACAGCUUGAGUUCCUCCUCUGAGCGACCCUUCCUCAGUGAUCGUCUCUUAACCUCAGUCACCACUCUGGCAUUUAGCUUCAAAUGAUUAAACUAAAGUUCUGCUUAAAGCUUGUAUUAUAAUUUAAUAAAACAUCUUUCCAGAUAAUAA